AUGAAUGGGCCAAUUCCGACCCGCCUCGUCUUCAUCCACGAGCUGCCGUCUCUUGCUCUGCAUACAAAAGUCAGAUUUCUAGGAUGCGUCGCGCGAUACGAUAUUGUGCGAGGAAGACUAGAACUUGAACACAAUUAUCCGCCAUUACUAGGAAAGAAGAAAAAGAGAGAUGCUUCCAAUGUGUCAAGAAGAGUAUCAGUGGACAUUGACCACGUUCUCAGUACGAUCACCAGAGAUCAAUUACAAGUUGGCAGUUGGUUGAAUAUAUUCGGAUAUAUCAGGUCUGAAACUCAAGGAAAGGAGAAAUCCACGUCGGAGGAUGCCAACAACAGCCAACUUUAUGUCGAAGCGAUUAUGAUUUCGGAUGCUGGUGCUAUACGUAUUGCGGAGUAUGAGCAGAGUCUCGUGGAUAUGCAAGCAAUUAAUCGAAAACUACGACUGGAUAGUUGA